UCCACCUUUAUUCUCAGGGGUUAGCUGGGAAGAAAGAAAUGGAUGAGAAAGAAUCUGUAUAGUAUAGGGGACCAUAUAUAAGUCGUGGACGCUCAGCGAUCUUUAAACAUCUUCUUGAGAGAUCAGGGUGGAUUUGCAUCAGCCUCGAAGCUAGUUCAAACUAGUGGGAGGUUGUUUGCAAGGGAAAAGAAACUAGCUUGAAAAUUAGGAAGAGAAAAAAAAAAUCACCAAGAAAGAAGGAAAACUUAGUCCAAUAUAGCUGAUCAAUGGCUCGAGGAAAGGUUCAGAUAAAGCGUAUAGAGAAUCUGGUGCACAGGCAAGUUACCUUCUGCAAGCGCCGAGCUGGGUUCCUUAAGAAGGCUAAGGAGCUCUCUGUGCUCUGUGAUGCUGAAAUUGGAGUUUUCAUUUUCUCCGCCCAUGGAAAGCUCUAUGAACUGGCUACCAAAGGAAGCAUGCAAGGGCUUAUUGAGAGGUACAUGAAGACCACCGGAGGAUCUCUGCAGCCUGACCUAUCCAAAGAGACGCAGCCUCUAGAUGCAAUAGAGGAGAUCAACAUGCUGAAGAAAGAAAUUGAGAUACUCCAAAAAGGAGUCAGGUACUUGCUUGGAGGGAGGUCUGAGGAAAUGACAAUGGAUGAAUUACUAAUACUAGAAAAAAAUCUUGAAAUUUGGAUUUGCCACAUUCGUUCAACAAAGAUGGAAAUACUGUUCAAAGAGAUCCAGCUGCUGAGGAGAAAGGAAGAAAUAUUGAAAGAUGCAAAUCAAUAUCUCAAAGAUAAGAUAGAGGAUACUGUUGAGAUUAGUAACUUUGCACCAAUGACCACUAAUACUCCAUAUCCACUAACUAUACAAAAUGAAAUAUUUGAGUUUUAAUUAGGAAUAGUGUGUGAUGGGCAUGCAGCAGUUCUUUCUGAGAUGUUUUGGCUCAGCAUUUGAGCUUCAUGAAUUGUUAUAAUUAAUAUCAAAUUAUAUAUAUGUCUAGGUUGCCCAUUACAUGGAAAAUUGGCAAUAAUGUUCUCCUCAAACAAAAUACUGUUACAGACAG